AUGGCGGGCUCUCCUGUGCUGUCGGCCAGUACAGUAGUGCUUCAGAAACGGAAGAGGACGACAGAACCACUGGUUCUUCAUCUUGCUUCUCCACCGCCAGGUUGUGACGUCCUCUCUGCUUCUGAGUCAGAGUAUGAGCCUAGCUCUGCCGUCAUUCGCAUAGAUUCUGAUUCUGGUGAAGUCGCAUCCUGGAAGGGCGAGAACCACGAUCCGAAAAGGCGUUACAAGUGCACUUUUGAUGGAUGCACGAAGGCCUAUUCAAAACCGUCACGUCUCGCCGAGCACGAGAGGUCGCAUACAGGAGAUCGGCCGUUCGUAUGUACAACGUGCGAUAAGUCGUUUCUCCGCGAGUGUCACCUCCAAGUGCAUGCACGAGCGCACCUCCCAGGGUCGGAAAGGCCGUUUGCUUGCGAAGAGCCUGGGUGCGGCAAACGCUUCUGGACCGCCCCGCACCUCCUCGCGCAUAGUAAAGUCCAUACGGGAGAGAAACCAUUCAAAUGCGCAGAAACCUGCUGCGAUGCAGCAUUUUCGAAACAUCAUCAAUUACGCGAACACAUCUGUUCCGCUCAUCGUCCUCCUGGGACAAAACCGUAUCGCUGCGAACAUGCCGGAUGCACAAAAUCGUUGCCGAACAAUCAGAAGCUACGUGCACACAUGAAGACCCACGACAAUAAGCGCUACACCUGCGUUCACGAGUCCUGCUUGCCUGCUGAAGGUGCAUUGCCUACCUACUACCCCACUUGGUCUUCCCUACAGCAACAUAUGCGCAGUGCCCAUCGGCCAACGUGCCCCUACCCAUCUUGCAAUGGGAAGACUUUCAGCGCGCAAGCGGGUCUCCGUGCUCAUCUCAAGAUACACGCACAACGUGAUGCCGAGGCCGACUUGGACAAAAUGGGAAAUGGUUCUGCCGACGAAUGUGAGGACGAAAAGCCGCGCAAGCGACGCAGAGGCGGGGAACUUGGCAGAGACUGGAUCUGUGAGAUACCCGGAUGCGGAAAAGACUUCAAAUCUAAACACGCGCUGACGACGCAUACAAAUGUGUCUCAUCUCGGCCGCCGCGAUUUCGUCUGUUCACACUCGGACUGCGGACGCGCGUUUGGCUGGAAGCAUCUCCUCCAACGUCAUGUUGCCAAGGUCCAUUCGAAUGAUCCCCUGAAUUCUGACUCUGAAGAGGACCACGAAGCUUCGGAUGAGGCCGAGGCCAGUGGUAUACAAGCUCAGGAGCAGCCACGCCCGGAAGAAUCGUUGGCUAUAGACUUCAUCACUGGACAAGCGUACGCCACGCACUCGCGGGAACAGAUGAACUGCCUCAAGGUCCUUAAAUGUCCGCAUCCCCACCUACCUGCGAUCUUCGUAGUCGAUGAUACACUCGCUCCUUCAGGCUCGGGCUCGCGUCAGCCUGAAUCAUCUAGUCAUACCGGUCUAUGCCAGUACGUUUUCAGCCGCGCAUAUGACUUCCGACGCCACAUGCGGGUAGAGCAUGGGAUUGAAGUAGAAAAAGAAAUAGUCGACGAGUGGGUGAAAGAGCAGAAGGAAGCCAAAGCUACUUCCGUUCGCAGUCCCAACUGA